CGCAGGCAGCACAGGCCAUGGGGCCCCUCUCAGCCCCUCCCUGCACACUGCACAUCACCUGGAAGGAGCUCCUGCUCACAGCAUCACUUUUAAUCUUCUGGAACCCACCCACCACUGCUCAAGUCACAAUUGAAGCCCAGCCAGCCAAAGUUUCCGAGGGGAAGGAUGUUCUUCUACUUGUCCACAAUUUGCCCCAGAAUCUUACUGGCUACAUCUGGUACAAAGGGCAAAAAACGGACCACCACCUUUACAUUACAUCAUAUGUGAUAGACACUGAAACAAUUAUAUUUGGGCCUGCAUACAGUGGACGAGAAACAGUAUAUUCCAAUGCAUCCCUGCUGAUCCAGAAUGUCACCCGGAAGGACACAGGAUCCUACACCAUAGAAAUCAUACAGCGAGGUGAUAGGACUGAAGGAGUAACUGGACAUUACACCUUAUACCAGGAGACUCCCAAGCCCUCCAUCUCCAGCAGCAACUUAAACCCCAGGGAGGCUGUGGAGACUGUGAUCUUAUCCUGUGAUCCUGACACUCAGGACGCAAGCUACCGGUGGCGGAUAAAUGGUCAGAGCCUCCGUAUCAGUCGCACGUUGCAGCUGUCCAAAAACAACAGGACCCUCACUCUAUUUGUUGUCACAAAGGAUACUACAGGACCCUAUGAAUGUGAAAUGAAGAAUCCAGUGAGUGCCAGCCGCAGUGACCCAGUCACCCUGAAUCUCCUCUAUGGUCCAGACGUCCCCAGGAUUUUCCCUUCAUUGAUCGACUACCGUUCAGGACAAAACCUCUACUUGUCAUGCUUCGCGGACUCUAAUCCACCGGCAGAGUAUACUUGGACGAUAAAUGGGACGUUUCUGCAAACAGGACCAAGGAUCUAUAUCCCCCAAAUUACUACAAAGCAUAGCGGGCUCUAUCGUUGCUCUGCUCGUAACUCAGCCACUGGCAGCGAACGUUCCACAUUAGAGACGAUCAGAGUCUCAGGUAAGUGGAUCCCUGCAUCAUUGGCAAUAGGGCUUUAGGUGGAGCCUAUCUGGCUUUCAGAGAAGAGUCAGGAAAACAUUUUUAUUCCCAGCCUGUGUCCCAUGGGCAGAAGCAAAUCCUAAAUUCUCCUCUUGAACCCUCCCAAUUUGUCUCUACAGACUCUCUUCUCCUUGUUUCCCUGUUUUCUAAUGGCUGACUUUGUAUCCAGUCUAAGAAGAGUAGGGAGGGGGCUUUUUCAGCCCUGAGCCCUGUGUUGGAAGAGGCUUCACAGAGGGACAUAAAGGAGAGUCCUCAAGGUCAGGUUGCUUCUCAGUGUCACCAACACAUACCUUUCUGCCACAUCUUUGUUUCUUUCACCUACUCCAUGAGCUACAAGGAACAUCUGAGGCUUUGAAACAUUUUUCCCCAAAAUUUUUCACAUUUUUCCCCCAAAUGAGAGGAGGAAGCCCCUUGGCUGAGAGGAGCAGCUCAGACUGCUCCCUGCUCUGCUCCGGGCGUCUCCAGUGACUGGCCCUGCCUGACUCCACCUAGGGUGGGACCAGCAUGUAUGGAGAAAGAGCCCUGGUGGCCUGUCCUGAAUUCGGAUAAAUCGAGCUGCCAGUUGAAGAUAAGCCAAGGCUGCAGGGAAACAAGACGAGAGGGAGCCUUGGGGCAGACCCUUGAGCUGUGUCCUGGCUCUGAAGUCACAGGCUGUAUGAGGCUGUGCGCACAGCACGUGGGACACAGCACAGAGGAUAGUAAGUGAUGCACACUUGGAGAAAUAGAGAGAUUCACCUCUGGGCCUCUGCAUGGCAGGAAAGGGGCAAUGCCAAAAAAAGUGUAUUUAUAGAGUGUAAGACUACCAGGACACUUUAUAUAUCUAUUAUAAGGCUUAUCAUUAACUAUUUUUAAGUGUGCAACUUAGUGUUGUGUAACCAUCACACUAUCCAUUUCCAGAACUUUUUCCUUUUACCGUGUUAAACCUCUGUACCCAAUAAACAGUAACUCUCACUCCUUCUCCCCCUAACUGUUAGCAUCCACCAUGCUAGUUUCUGUCUCUACAUAACUGGCUAUUCUAUCUUUCAUAAAUGGAAUUAUAUAAUAAUUAUCCUUUUGUGUCUGGCUUAUUUCAGUUAGCAUAAUGUCUUCAAGGUUCAUCCAUUUUGCAUGAUGUAUUAGAAUUUUAUUCCUUUUUAAGGUUGAAUAACAUUUUUCGAUGUAUAGAUAUACCUCAUUUGCCUACCCACUUAUCUUUCAAUGGACUUUCCCGUUGUUUCCAUUUUUUGGUUAUUGUGAGUAAUGCUUCUCUGAAUAUCAGUGUGCAAAUAUUUGUUCAAAUUUCUUUCAAUUCUAUAGGGAGUAUGUCCAGAAGUGGAAUUGCUGGAUCAAAUGGUAAUUUAUUGUUUAAUUUCUUGAGAAACAGCCACACCACUUUUUACAGUGGCUAUAACACUUCCCAUUCUCAUCAGCAAUGUACUAGAGCUCCAAUUUUUCCACCUAUUUGAAAAGACUUGUUGUUUUGUGUUGCUGUCAUUGUUGUUGUUUAUCAAAGCCAUCCUAAAGUGUGUGAGGUGGUGUAACACUGUGGUUUUGAUUUGCAUAUCUCUAAGUAUUCGUGACGCUGAGGAACUUUGCAUGGGCUUAUUGGAUAUUUGUAUAUCUUCCUUGGAGAAAACUAUUUUAAUCCUUUGUUAAUUUUUUUUUUUU